AUGAAACUGGCAUCAUGUCUGCUCAUUGGGAGUCAAUCGAGGUCAAUGGAAACCUACAACGGAAUUCCAAAUGGACCAGAGUGGCAGAAGGCUGUCGAAUGGACAAACAUCAAAGAAAUAAAGUGCAAAAUUCCGAGGCUGUCAGAAAACACACUCGUGACAAAUCCUACAGAUGAUAACAAAUACGCUCCUGACACAGACGUAUUUUUUGAGUGUAAAGAAGGAAAUGAGUUCUUCACUGAACACACAUCUGUCUAUUGCCAAGACGAUGGAACAUUUGACAUGAGUAUCCCGACUUGUGAUCCGCAGAAAUGUGGACCCCCGCCGAAAAUAGAAAAUGGGAUAUUUCCAAAUGAUGCAAAACUAGAAGAGUUUCCUGUUGCCUUUACGGCACAAUAUAAAUGCACUUUCGGAUAUACACUUUCAAGAAACAGUCAGAACCCAACAGGUAAAGUUAACUGCCUCGCCACAGCAAAAUGGGAAGCCAAUCUUCCGGAAUGCGUGGUUGUGACGUGCCGGGAUCCAAUCGACAUACCACAUGGUCAAUAUCAGAAAACUGGAAACACAUUCCUAUCGCAGGUACGCUAUAGUUGUGAUCAAGGGUAUGACCUUUCACACACGGAUGUCUUGGAGUGUUUCGAACUUGGAGACUGGAGUAUUGCAGCACCUGAAUGCAUUCCUGUGCAAUGCGGACAGCCCGAUGAUAUACUGCACGGGCAUUUCGAAGGCGACGUAUUGACAUACAAAAAAACCGUUAGCUAUAAAUGUGAUCUAGGAUAUGUACUUACUGGCGGGGAUGAGCAACGACAAUGUCAGGCAGAUACAUUCUGGAGUGGCACAGCUCCUGCGUGUAAACCGGUGUCAUGUGGCAAACCAGAAAUCAUAGAAAAUGGACAGUGGAAAGGCAGGGACUAUACGUUAAACAACAUUAUUCGUUAUGUUUGUGAUGUUGGAUACGAAUUAGACGGACCCGAGGAAAGAAUAUGUCGCGAAACUGGGAAGUGGCAAAAUCAAUCGCCGGUUUGUAAUAAAAUUAAAUGUCCUGCACCACCUUCAGUUGACAACGGGUUCUACACGGGAAACUCGUUCUUUUUCCAAGAUACUGUGACAUAUUCCUGUGAAAAUGGCUUUACUAUGGAAGGAGAAGCUUCACUUUUGUGCUUAGGAAGUAAACAAUGGUCUCAAGCUCCACCAAUAUGUAAUCGUAUUGUAUGUAACAGUCCGCCUAGAGUGAAUCACGCGAUUUAUUCCAAUCCACAAGCGCUUGCAACUUUCAAUAUUGGCGACAGGGUAACAUAUCAAGGUAAUUCUGGCUAUGAUUUAUCUAUAAGCAAGAAUCACUUUACUCCAAAAAGCAUGUGCCCAUUAAUACGUUUGACAAAAUUAAUUUCAACUAGAUUAAAUGAAAACUUCCUGUAA